CUAUAACCUAACCUAUCAAUACUACUAACCUAACAAUUUUCCCCACUACCAUUCGAUUUUUUUCCUUUCUACACGUGUUGCUUUCAUUCGGCAUAUUAAGGUUAGAUAGUAGUGUCAUAUAUGAGAAUUACAUUUUAAACGUAAAAUAUUGUGUUAUUUUGUUUUUUCACUUAACAAAAAUGUUAUCUGAACCAAAGUUAACCAAUACUUCUCCAGAUUUUGGAGUACCACCGGAUAUACAAAAUCCUUUAUUACAAAGUUUAGGACUUCCACAUAUAGAUUCUUUUAAUUAUAUGUUGGAAGAUGGACUUUCUGAAGCAAUUACAGAUAUAUUACCAGUUUAUCUUCAACUUGCUAAUGGCGAUAAAAUUAUGUUAUGGAUUAAUAAUGUAUCGAUUCAUCAACCAUCAGUCCCUACUAAUGUAAUUGGUGUAAAAGAUUAUAAAAUAUAUCCUACAGAGUGUAGACAAAGAGGUGCUACUUAUAAAGGAAAAAUAAUAGUUACAUUAGGAUGGUCUGUCAAUGGCAAUUCUCAAGAAACACUUGAAAAAGAUUUGGGAGAUAUACCUAUUAUGGUCAAGUCUAAUAGAUGUCAUCUUAAUAAAAUGAAUCCUAGUGAAUUAAUUGCUCAUGGAGAGCAUGAACAAGAAUGGGGUGGUUAUUUUAUAAUUAAAGGACAUGAACGACUUAUACGUAUGUUAUUGAUGACAAGAAGAAAUUAUCCUAUUGCAAUUAGAAGAUCAGGCUGGAAAGCUAGGGGUGCCCAGUUUAGUGAUCUUGGAUUGCUUUUAAGAAGCGUUCGAGAUGAUAAUACCGCAUCGAAUAAUACGUUGCAUUAUGUUACUAAUGGUUCUGUAAAAUUAAUGUUUACACAUAGGAAAGUUUUAUACUAUACACCUCUCAUCUUAAUAUUGAAGUGUUUAGUCGAUGUUUCAGAUAUUUUUAUUUACAAUGCUUUAAUGGCUGGUUGUGAAGAUGAUUUGUACUAUAGAGGUUGUAUUUUAAAUAUGUUACGUGCAGUACAUGAAGAAGACUUACAUACGCAUGAACAAUGUAAAGCAUAUAUAGGAAAGAUGUUUCGAGUUAAAUUUUUUGAACUACCUCAAGAUUCAAGUGAUACAGAAAUUUGUGAUUUUAUUAUUAAGCAUUGCAUUACUAUACAUUUAGAUGAACCAUUAGAUAAAUUUUAUUUACUUGUAUUUAUGACAAAAAAGCUUUUCGCUGUUGCUAAUAAUAAGUGCGCUGUAGAAGGUGCUGAUUCUGUAAUGAUGCAGGAGUGUUUAUUAGGUGGCCAUUUAUAUUUACAAGUGUUAAAGGAGAAGUUAUACGGAUGGCUUACGGGUCUUAGGAUUUUAAUUAUGAAACGUGCCAGAAAUGCUGACGUUAAAUAUGCUUUAACAUUGCAGGAGAUGUUACAUAUAACAAAGUAUGGAGGGUCUCUUGAAUCACAAAUGGAAAAUUUUUUAUCUACUGGAAAUUUAAGAACGUCUACAGGCUUAGGCCUGAUGCAAACUAGUGGACUUACAAUAGUUGCAGAAAAUAUUAAUAGAAUGCGUUAUAUGAGUCAUUUUCGUGCAAUUCAUAGAGGCUCCUUUUUCCAAGGAAUGAGAACUACAGAAACCAGACAACUUUUACCUGAUGCUUGGGGAUUUAUUUGUCCUGUACAUACACCGGAUGGUACACCAUGUGGUUUACUGAAUCAUUUAACUAUGAAUUGUAUUAUUACAAAACAUCCAAAAUCUAAUUUAAAAGCUGCUAUACCAACAGUAUUAUUAGAUCUUGGAAUGUUACCUAUUUCUAUUGCUGAUAAUUGGAAAGAUUCAUAUACCGUUAUGUUAGAUGGAAAAUUAAUAGGUCUUAUUGAAGACAAUAUAAUAAACAGAGUAUCGGAUAAUUUAAGAAUACUUAAGAUAAAAGGCAAAGAAGUACCCUCUACAAUGGAAAUAGUAUUAAUUCCAAAGAAAACGGUACCAGCUCAAUAUCCAGGAUUAUAUUUAUUCACUAAUCCCGCGCGUAUGAUGAGACGAGUAAUGAAUUUAGCUGUCAAAAAAACAGAACUUAUAGGAACAUUUGAACAAGUUUAUAUGGAUAUUUGUAUCACGCCAGAAGAAGCCUAUGAUGGUUUAACUUCUCAUCAAGAGUUAGCAAAGACUUCAUUUUUGAGUAACUUAGCAUGUCUUAUUCCUAUGCCAGACUGUAACCAAAGUCCAAGAAAUAUGUAUCAGUGUCAAAUGGGUAAACAAACAAUGGGUACACCAUGUCAUACGUGGAAACAACAAUCUGAAACAAAAUUGUAUAGAUUACAAACACCUGCAAGUCCUUUAUUCAGACCAGUGCAUUAUGACAAAAUGGAUUUAGACGAUUUUGCCAUGGGUACCAAUGCAAUUGUAGCUGUUGUUUCAUAUACAGGAUAUGAUAUGGAAGAUGCAAUGAUUAUCAACAAAGCUGCUUAUGAUCGUGGUUUUGCACACGGAAUGGUUUAUAAAUCAGAAUUUAUAGAUUUAAAAGAUCAGAAAAGUUAUUUUGUACGAGAUCCAAAUAAACCUUUUCUUGCAGAAAAGUUAGAUACUGAUGGCUUGCCUAUACCUGGCUCUAUAAUUAAAGAAAAUGAUUAUUUUUAUUGUUAUUAUGACGCUGAACAAUCUAAUUAUGUAACUGGUAAAUAUCACGGAAAAGAAGAUAUAUAUAUAGAUAAUGUAAAAUUAUGUGGUACUUUAAAUAGUAAUACUCCAAGAAGAGCUUGUAUUACAUUUCGUAUUCCAAGAAAUCCAAGUGUUGGUGAUAAAUUUGCUUCAAGAGCUGGGCAAAAAGGUAUUUGUUCACAAAAAUGGCCAGCUGAAGAUCUGCCAUUUACCGAGACGGGUCUAAUUCCAGAUAUAGUAUUCAAUCCUCACGGUUUUCCAAGUCGUAUGACAAUAGCUAUGAUGAUCGAAGUAAUGGCUGGAAAGUCUGCGGCUGUACAUGGAUUAGUACAUGAUGCAACACCAUUCAGAUUUGAUGAGAACGAAACAGCAGUUGAGUUCUUUGGAAAGUUACUAGAACGUGGAGGCUAUAAUUAUUAUGGUACAGAAAGAAUGUACUCUGGUAUCGAUGGACGUGAAAUGACAGUUGAUAUAUUUUUUGGAAUUGUACAUUAUCAGAGAUUACGUCAUAUGGUUUCAGACAAAUGGCAGGUAAGGAGUACUGGUCCAAUCGAUGUAUUAACGAGGCAACCAAUAAAAGGACGGCGUCGAGGUGGUGGUGUUCGAUUUGGAGAAAUGGAACGAGAUUCUUUAAUAUCUCACGGGUGUUCAUUUCUUCUACAGGACCGUCUUUUCCAUUGCUCUGAUAAAACGACUGCUUUAGUUUGUCAGAAGUGUGGAACAUUAUUAGGACCAGUGUUAGAAUUGUCAAUAAACCCAACAGGUAUAACUGAAAAGAAACAAAAGUGUAGACUUUGCGGGGAUGACGAAUCUGUGAAAGAAAUUGAUAUUCCGUAUAUAUUUAAAUAUCUUGUAACUCAACUUACUUGCUGUAAUAUUAAUGUCAAAUUAUCAUUUGUAGAAAAAUGAAGAAAAAUAUAUUUGAUAUAUAUUUUAAUA